GACAAAAUUGAAAAAUAUAUUAGUUGAAAAGGUUCUAAUUCCCCUCCUCUUCAAUCACAAUUAUUCAAAUGUAAAAUUUUUUAGUCCCUCAUUCCAAAUUUUUUUAUUUCGCCACUGUAUACAAAUUACCAGCAAUCGUUCAAACUGGAAAAGUCGGGGCCAUAACUAUGGCCAUGUUGAAGAGAAGACAGCACGAUCCCUCAAAAUGUCAUUGUCGUCCCUCCACCCACAUGACAACAAACUAUAAUAUAACCCUCUCCCUACCCUUUCCGAGCUAACUUUUUGCUCUCUCCUUCAUCCAAUUUAAUGGCGGACUUCCCUUCCAACGAGCCAUAGCUUGUUACUGCUCAACCUAGCUAGCUAAAUCACGGGCAAAUGCCCACUUUCUGCGCCACUAUAUAACCCUAUCAAGUUCACCAAGCUCAGCAUAACACUAAUUCUACCACUAGAACUAUCUACCUCUUCCCUCUCUCUCUCUUUCCUCUUCCUCUCUCUUUCCUCUUCUCCGCAAUGGCAAUGGCAAUGUCAACGGUUUCCGGCCUGGUCGUGGCGGCGAUGGCCGUUUUGGGGUGCGGUUUGAUGGCAGCCCAGGUAGCUGACGCUAGGGCGUUUUUCGUGUUCGGCGAUUCGCUGGUCGACAAUGGCAACAACAAUUACUUGGCCACCACGGCUCGCGCAGACUCGCCUCCGUACGGGAUCGAUUCCCCCUCCGGCCGCCCCUCCGGCCGCUUCUCCAACGGCCGCAACAUCCCUGACUUCAUCAGUGAAGCACUAGGGUCGGAGCCCACAUUGCCGUACCUGAGCCCAGAGCUCACCGGCCAAAAGCUCCUCGUCGGUGCCAACUUCGCCUCCGCCGGCAUCGGGAUCUUGAACGACACUGGAGUCCAGUUCGUGAACAUAAUAAGGAUGUACCAGCAGUUCCGGUACUUCGAGCAGUACCAGGCCCGGCUGGCGGCCCAGAUCGGGCCCGCUCGAGCCCAGCAGCUGGUGAACCAGGCCCUGGUGCUCAUCACCGUCGGCGGCAACGACUUCGUGAACAACUACUACCUGGUCCCGUUCUCGGCCCGGUCGCGCCAGUACGCACUCCCGGACUACGUCAACUACCUCAUCUCCGAGUACAAGAAGCUCCUCCAGAGGCUCUACGACCUCGGGGCCCGCCGCGUCCUGGUGACCGGCACCGGCCCACUGGGCUGCGUCCCCGCCGAGCUGGCCAUGAGGGGAGCCGGCAACGGCCAGUGCGCCAUCGAGCUGCAGCGGGCCGCGGCCCUGUUCAACCCGCAGCUGACUCAGCUGAUCGGCGAGAUGAACGCCGAGCUUGGUGAGGGCGUGUUCACUGCGGCGAAUACUAGGAUGAUGACCAACGACUUCAUCAGCAAUCCCGGGGCUUAUGGGUUUACGGAUUCAAAGGUGGCUUGUUGUGGACAGGGGCCUUACAACGGGCUGGGCCUGUGCACGCCGGCAUCGAACUUGUGUCCCAAUCGAGAUGUGAACGUCUUCUGGGAUGCCUUCCAUCCCUCGGAAAGAGCAAACAGCUUCAUCGUCCAACAAAUCUUGAACGGCUCUCCCGAAGUUAUCUCUCCGAUGAAUCUCAGUACCAUUUUGGCCAUGGACAACAACAGGUCUUAAUAUAUAAUGGGUUGUCGACUUUCUAGUUUUUUCUUUUUCGUUUAUAUCUAAGUUAGCUUCCAGCAUGUGUCGUGGUGGAGCAACUAUGGGCUAUAUAACUAUGAGGGGGAAUAAAAGUUUGCAGCACCUCCAUUUUGGAUGUCUGGGCUGGCUUUUUCUCUAGGGGGACAAUUCCCUGUCGUGAAAAAGAUCAGGCUUCAUGAUGUAAUUUGCUUCGGUUUUAGUUGUUUGGUGAUUUGAUUUUGGUUGUAAUUUGCUUAAUCUCUCUUGAUCUAGAUGUACUCGCUACUUCUUCCAUUAUAAGACAACGUAAUAUUCUUAUAUUCCACCACGAAACACGUACAAGGCUGAGUAUACAGAUCAGUCUCUCUCUCUUGGUGCGCGUACGAUUUUGAUGGAACAGAUAAAGGAAUUUAUGGAUG